AUGGAAACUCUCUCAUUUCCAAGCUUGCUUCAACUCCCAUGUUCUCCCAAGAAUCCAAGAGUUUUUGUAGAUAAAGAAGCAGGCAAGAACACUGUGGCUGCUAAGAACUUGCAUGAAGGAUUUCCGAAAAGAUUGCCAAGGAGGCUGCUUUUGCAGUUCAUGGGGUUCUUCCCAAUUCUAUCACAUCCUGUUUUGGCUGCUCCAAUGCCGGAGAUGAAGGAACCUGAAGUGAUUCCGACAUUGAAGCUUCCCAGUGGUGUGAGGAUCCAAGAGAUUGUUGAAGGGCAAGGACCAGCAGCCACCGAAGGAGAUCUAGUUGAAAUUAACUAUGUAUGCCGCCGCACAAAUGGCUACUUUGUUCAUAGCACCGUUGAUCAAUUCAGUGGAGAAAGCACACCUGUGAGACUUCCUUUGGAUGAAAAACAGAUUAUAAAAGGUUUGGAGGAGGUUCUGGUUGGCAUGAAAAUUGGAGGAAAGAGAAGAGCUUUGAUACCUCCUUCUGUGGGAUAUACAAAUGAAAGCUUACAACCAAUUCCUGAAGAGUUCGGCCCUCGACGCAGCCUCAUGUCUCAUGUAAAUGAACCUUUGAUAUUUGAGGUGCAGCUCUUGAAGCUACUAUAA